GUGGUCUUUGUUCGUCAAGAGUCCACCACGGUUGACAGUUCCACUCCUGCUGUCAGGACCUCGAGGUAACCACAGAGUCUGAUCAGAUCGAUGGAGCGGGGCCAGAUCCCCAGAGUGAAGCUGGGCACCCAGGGCCUCGAGGUGUCCAAGCUUGGGUUCGGAUGCAUGGGCCUCACCGGAGUCUACAACGCGCCGGUCGCCGAGGAAGACGGCGUCGCCGUCAUCAGGCGCGCGUUCGACGCCGGCGUCACCUUCUUCGACACCGCCGAUGCAUACGGGCCGCACACCAACGAGGUCCUGCUGGGGAAGGUACUGAAGCAGUUACCUCGUGAGAAGGUACAAGUGGCCACCAAGUUUGGCAUUGCCGGAUUUGACGCCAAUGGCAUGCUUGUGAAGGGAACUCCGGACUAUGUGCGUGCAUGCUGUGAAGCAAGCCUUGAGCGCCUUGCUGUUGACUACAUUGAUCUGUACUAUCAGCAUCGCAUUGACCAGUCAGUGCCCAUAGAGGAAACUAUGGGGGAACUAAAGAAGUUGGUUGAAGAAGGGAAAGUUAAAUAUGUUGGCUUAUCUGAGGCGAGUGCUGAUACCAUUAGACGAGCACACGCAGUUCAGCCAAUCACCGCAGUGCAGAUGGAGUGGUCUCUAUGGACCAGGGAUAUAGAGGAAGAAAUAAUCCCACUGUGCAGGGAGCUUGGCAUUGCAAUUGUUCCAUACAGCCCACUUGGCCGUGGCUUCUUUGCUGGCAGGGCAGCUGUACAGAGCAUACCAUCAGAGAGUUUACUGUCUAAACAUCCGAGAUACAAUGGAGAAAACUUAGAGAAGAAUAAAGUUUUCUAUACCCGACUUGAAGAGCUGGCCACCAAGUAUGGCUGCUCCCCUGCUCAACUUGCCCUCUCCUGGGUUCUUCAUCAAGGGGAUGAUGUUGCCCCAAUCCCUGGCACAACAAAAGUGAAGAACCUUGAUGAUAACAUUGGUGCUGUAAAGAUAAAGCUGAGCAAGGAGGACCUGAAUGUAAUAUCAUCUGCUGUCCCUGCUGGCGAGGUGGCUGGGUCCAGAGUUAUUGGAGUACUGGAGCCUUAUUCUUGGAGGGUUGCAAACACUCCACCUCCAAAGUCGUUGUAGAUCUUCAGAUGCAAAUUCAAGAUAUACUUUCUGUGCUAUGCUUUAUUUCUUUCUAUAGCUCCAUUGGAGAUUCAAGGCUUAAUUUGAACAAACCAAGUUUGUCCAUGCCCAAGAAAAGAUUGUAUUUUUGGCAGCAGAUGUUAUUGGUGCUAUGUGCAAUGUAUUGAUUGAUAUACGUUAUGAAAAAUAAUAUGUCAUAUUUUGAAGUUAA